CAACUGAAUUUUUAGUCUCUCAGAAAACGUUGUGCUGCUAUGAGGCUGCUAUAAAAACACUCCACAAUAUCGUGUGCUGGAUUAUAUUCAAAGAACAAUAAUACAAAUAAAAAAAGGAAAACAAUUUUGAUUUGUUUGAAAUGAAAUAUCAGUUGUGCUGUUGUUUAUUUCGGGAUUGUUUUUAAUUUUUUUUUGUUUUCUUACUUUGAGAUAUAAAUUAAUUUGCGAUAAAAGUAAAAAUAAAAAAACAAAACGAGCACCAGAUCUGAAACGAGAAGAAAAUAAAAUUGAUGAAAUUUGACUGUCAAAUGACAAAAGGAUAGUAUUGUCCUUGUCAGUGAGUCAAAACGCUUCCGUAUAAAAAAUAAAAAAAUAAAAUUUCCUUUGUGUGCUGGAAACAUUAAAUUAAAUCAUUGAUUCGCAUAAAAGUUUUCCGAUAAAAAGUUCUAAGAUAGAAUCGAAAGCUAUUUAUAACAAAAACGAAUUAUAAAUGUUACACGCUGCCAUGGUUGACUACAAAAUCGACUUCAAGUUAGCUGUUUACAAUGCCUGUAGGGAUAAUAACUUAAACGGUCUAACGAAAUAUUUGCAUGGAAGAACCGAAAAAGAAAUUGAAUAUUUAACAUCGUCAAAAACUGGAGGAGCGACCCCUUUAGUGAUCGCCUGCCGAAACGGACAUUAUGAUAUCGCUUACUAUUUACUUCACACUGUGGGCGUUGACUGUGAACAGACUGGAUCAGUUACAUUUGAUGGUGAAACAAUCGAAAGUGCACCACCGCUAUGGGUCGCUGCCGCUGCUGGUCAUCCAUUUAUUGUAAGACUUUUAAUAAAACAUGGUGCCAAUGUAAAUAGUACCACCCGCACAAAUUCAACUCCAUUGAGAGCUGCUUGUUACGAUGGCCACUAUGAGAUCGUAAAAUAUUUAGUCAAGAAUGGUGCAGAUAUCGAGAUUGCGAAUAGACACGGACACACCUGUCUCAUGAUUGCUUGCUAUAAGGGUCGCUAUAAAAUCGCUCAAUAUCUCCUGUCGUUAGGUGCUAAAGUAAAUCGUCGAAGCGUCAAAGGCAACACACCGCUACACGAUUGCGCUGAAUCUGGAUCGUUAGACAUUCUUCGAUUAUUGCUGGAAAAUGGUGCCACUAUGGACGUAGAUUACUACGGAAUGACUCCGCUGCUAGCUGCUAGUGUGACUGGUCAUUUGCACAUCGUAGAAUAUCUAAUUAGACUGCCGAUCGUGAAACGUGAGGAUAAAAUUGCCGCUCUUGAAUUGCUCGGUUCAACAUAUGUGGACAAGAAUCGGGACAUGAUCGUGGCGUUGUCGCUGUGGAAACGUGCUAUGGAAGAGCGAUACAAUGUCGAGCCUCAAAUCGAAAAGCCCACCGUAUCAGAGCCGAUCCCUGCCUACGAUAAUGCAAAAGAAAUUUUGGACAUAAAUGCUCUAGAAGACCUAGUCAUGGAUCCGGAUGCAAUGCGAAUGCAAGCAUUGGUGAUACGAGAACGAAUACUAGGUCCAGCCCAUCCAGACACCAGUUAUUACAUUCGAUUCCGAGGUGCUAUUUACGCUGAUGCCGGCAGAUUCGAUCGAUGCAUCGAAUUGUGGAUGUACGCACUGACCAUGCAACAGAGCAUUUUGGAGCCGUUAAGUCCGAUGACACAAUCAUCGCUGUUGUCUUUCGCUGAAUUAUUCAGUUAUAUGCUGGGUGAAACCAACAAACCAGUGACACGGGGACGUGUAGUUCCACCGAUAGAAACCAAAGAUUUGAUGAUGGUGUUUCGUAAAGCCGUAAAGGAGGUAGAAUUAGGUCAACAAAUGCUCAACAAAAUUCCAGAAGCGCAACAAGAUCCAUUGGCAUUAUGUCGUGCCUUAAUCAGUGCACUGCAUAUAGCUUGUCUAAUAGCACGAUUGUUGGAUGAGGAGGAUUGCAGUCCCAGUUUACGAAAAGAAAUCCUGAAGGCGUUGUACGAUCUUAUUAGUUUGAAGGUUGUCCUUAAGUCUGGUCGAACAUCAUUGCAUUUGGCGUGUUAUCGGGAAGCAGGACUAGUUGGUCGGUAUCCAGCUUGUCAAUUUCCAUCGCCACAAUUAGCCAAAGCACUGUUAUUAGUCGGUGCGGAUCCAAAUAGUACAGACGAUUCUGGUAACACCCCUUUACAUUUAGCAGCACUAGCCCGACCAUGCCCUCCAGAAUUAGCACAGACACUGCUAGAACAUGGCGCCCAUCUGGACACACGGAAUCUGGAUGGUGACACAUUCGAAUCAUUGCUGCAAAACCAGAAGGUUCACGAAUUAGUUAAUCCGCUCAAGUACACCCGACUAUCGUGUUUGGCCGCUCGAACGAUACAAAAACAUGGACUGAAAUAUAGCAGAGAGGUUCCAACCAGCCUGCACGAAUUCAUCGAAUCACAUUGAUUCCGCCGUCCGGGCGUUCAUACAAUAUCUGGACCGAAUUUAUGCAAACAGCCCCCGUCUCUAUAACCUACCAUAGUUUCAUUUUUCGUAUUUUUAAUUUUUUUAUAAUUUUUCUUUCUGCAAUUGUGAUUUUACUAUGUAGUAGUCAGUCAGCGCAUUGUGGUGUGUAUGUGUUGAGUUGUACUGAAUAAGAGAAUAAGAGAAAAACGAAGAGGAAGCAAAGUGAAACGAAGCAGCAAAAAUGUAUUUCGUGUGCGAUAACUUUAAGUUUAAGUUUAGCUCGGACAGAAAUUUGUGUCUGUUGAGUGAACGUAAUGAGUUACAUUGACUAAGCGAAAGCGUUGUUAAAAUUAAAAUGUUCUAAGUGGAGAAGUUUGAUUAUCAGAAUAUCAACAGCAAAAAAAUAAAAAUAAAAAAGAAUUGAAGUUUC